CAGAAAGGCGCAGAGGGCAGGCCAGCCAGGCAGCAAGGGGGCAUGUCGCUCGUGGGCGAAGAUGGCUACCUGAAUGCGGACAGGCUCAGAGCCUACUUAGCGACUCAUCAGCCCGCUUCGACGGUUCGUCAUCAUCGAGCACAGUCUGAUCUCUCCUCCUCAUCCUCCCAAUCCGAUUCGGUCACUUCGAGUGAGACGAGGCGAUGGCUACAGGAGGAUCUGGAGAGGGAAGAAGCAAAGGAAGAGCUAUGGCGCCAGGCUCAGCUAGUGAUCAAUAUCGUCAUCCUGCCUUGGUAUGGCAAGUAUAGAGGCAGGAAAUUCGCUUAUUGGGCGUACGAUCGAUAUCUGCACCUCGGUCUGGGCUGGUCCUUCUUCGGUCUGGCUGACGGACUCGGUGCAAGCCCAGUCACAGCGAGCUCGCUCGUACGGCCGUCUGAGCCGCGUACUAUAGUCGGAGCCGACUCUGACUGCGCAAGGCUAAGCGAUAGAGACCACCCCUCAUGUCAGGAUCAGUGGUGUAGGAGCACAAGAUGA